UAACUGUCAAAUGUGAAUUUUAAAACUAACCAAACAAACAUCGAUUUUUAAAGUAGAAAAUAUGUUUUCCACAAGUACACAGUCUAAAAAUUGGAUGUUUAACAGUGAAGACGACUUGAAUAAGUUGCGGGAAAAAGCAAACCUUAAACACAUACUGACUUACGGCGGCCACAUCAACGAAGCCACUCGUUACGAGUUUUUUCUUACUGCUGAAGAGGAAAAGAUAAUGGUGAAACGUUACGAAAUUCGAUUACGCGAUUUUUGUAAAAGAUUUCAACCUCCUAUGACUAGAUGUGUGAUUGGGACUGCAUUUCAUUAUUUUAAGCGUUUCUACAUUCACAAUUCGGUAAUGAAUCAUCAUCCUAAAGAAAUAAUGGUGACUUGUAUAUAUUUAGCUUGCAAAGUUGAAGAGUUCAAUGUUUCUAUUCAACAGUUUGUUGCAAAUCUUAAAGGGGACAGAGAGAAGGCUACUGAUAUUAUUUUGAACAAUGAGUUGUUGUUGAUGGAGCAACUGAAUUUUCAGUUGUCGAUUCAUAAUCCUUUUAGGCCAGUGGAGGGCCUACUUAUUGAUAUUAAAACUAGAUGUACACUAAACGAUCCAGAAAGGUUAAGGCCUGGAACAGAACAUUUCCUAGAAAGAGCAUUUUUAACAGACGUUGUAUUAUUAUAUUCUCCUAGUCAAGUAGCGUUAGCUGCGGUUCUUCAUGCAGCCUCAAAAUUGCAAGAAAAUUUGGAUUCUUACGUAACUGAUACGUUAUUUGGAGUUGAAGGAAGUGGCAAAUUGGCUGAACUAAUUGAAGCUGUGAGAGCUAUCAGAUCUAUUGUUAAAAUGGUCGAUGCCACACCUGAUAAAAAUCAACAGAAACUUUUAGAUAAAAAGUUAGAGAAAUGUAGGAAUCCUGAAAAUAAUCCGGACAGUGAAAUAUAUAAGAAAAAGAUGCAAGCUUUACUUGACGAAGAUGAUGAUUUAUAUCAUCGCAUUUCUACGAGAACUGAUUCGUUAGAUAAUUCUGCGUUAGGAAUGUCUGUCUCUGGUUCACCUGAAGAAGCAUAAUAUUGUGUAGGUACUUUCAUUUAAUUUUGAGAAUAAAAUUAUUUCUAAUAUAA